AUGGGCUCAGCAUCAGAAAUCCUCCCCUCAAUAGAAAGCCUAAAAAGCCUCGAUGAGAUCGAGCAACUCGCCACGAAGAAACUGAGCAAAAGGGCAUGGUCAUUCAACUACGCCGCAGCAGGCGAUCUGAUCUCCAAGCAGCUGAACACGGAUGUAUACCGAUCCAUUCUCCUCCGACCCCGCGUCUUCAUCGACGUCAGCAAAUGCGACCUCACAACCACAAUCAUGGGCCACAAAGUCGGCCUACCGAUAUUCAUAUCACCAAUGGCAAUGGCCCGCCUCGCACAUCCCACCGGCGAAGCCGGCAUUUCAGAGGCCUGUCGCGCAUUGGGUGUCAUGCAUAUGAUAUCCAACAACGCAUCCAUGACCCCAGAGCAGAUUGUGGCAGGCGCCAGCCCAGAUCAGAUUUUCGGGUUCCAGCUGUAUGCGCAGAAGGAGCGAAAAGAGAGCGAGGCGUUGAUGGCGCGUGUCAAUCAGAUAAAGGAAAUCAAGUGUAUUGUUUUGUGCAUCGACGAGCCCGUUCCAGGAAAGCACGAGCUCGGUACUGGGUUGAAUGCAUACAUGGGGAUGAACCCACUUGGACCGCCAACGCCGGACCCAGCAGGCGUCAGUGUGGCUGUGCCAUCUGUAUCUGGGCCUGCUUCUGAUCUCACUUGGGAGGGGACUCUGGAGUGGAUAGCGGCCCACACGGAUCUUCCGGUUAUUCUGAAGGGUCUGCAGACGCAUGAAGAUGCGCGGAUUGCUUCGGGGUUCGCUCAGGUGAAAGGCAUUGUAUUGUCCAAUCACGGUGCACGCGUUCUGGAUACUGCUCCUCCGGCUAUUCAUACGCUGCUUGAAAUCCGCAAAUACUGCCCGGAAGUGUUUGACAAGGUGGAAGUUACGGUUGACGGGGGGAUUCGACGAGGUACAGAUGUUGUCAAGGCGUUGUGCUUGGGCGCGAAGGCCGUGGGUAUUGGCCGAGCGGCGCUGUGGGGCCUUGGAGCUGGUGGAGUUGCCGGUGUUGAGAGGACACUCCAGAUCCUCGCCGAUGAGAUUAAGACCACUAUGCAAUUAUUAGGGGUGCAUAGGAUCGAAGAUCUGGGUCCUCAACAUGUGAAUGCAAGGAUAGUAGAGCAGCAAAUCUACGAUGCUCGGUAG